CCUUCCAUGUUAUUUUUAUUGAGCUCAGGUGAAGUUAUUAAAAAUUCUCGCAUUGCUUGGUAGUGGGGAUAAGCAGGCUAGCGGACACAUGUACACUGUACUUGGUGAGAUAAUUAGAAAGGUUGAAAUGUCGAGCAACAUAGGAAAUGCUGUGCUUUAUGAAUGCAUUUGCUGUGUUUCAUCCAUCCAUCCAAAUACGAAGUUAUUGGAUGCUGCUAUUGAAACAACUUCAAAAUUUCUGAAGAGUGAUAGUCAUAAUCUCAAAUAUAUGGGAAUUGAUGCUCUUGGUCGACUUAUUAAGAUAAGCCCAGACAUUGCAGAGGAACAUCAAUUGGCUGUUAUCGAUUGCCUGGAGGUAAAGCUUACCGAAUUUUUUAAUUACUGAAUGUGUAACUACAAA